GGUCCCGGGCCCUGCCCCGCGCGGCCCUGCCCGGCUCGCCCAGCCCCGGUGUGGCAGCGGCUCAUGGCGGCGGUGGGGCCCCCGCAGCAGCAGGUGCGGAUGGCCCAUCAGCAGGUCUGGGCGGCGCUCGAGGUGGCGCUCCGGGUGCCCUGCCUCUACAUCAUCGACGCCAUCUUCAACUCCUACUACGAUUCCAGCCAAAGCCGGUUCUGCAUCGGGCUCCAGAUCUUCCUCCGGCUUCUUGGUAUAUUUGUAUCCAGUAUUGUUCUGAUCUUGUCACAACGAUCACUUUUCAAGUUUUACAUGUACAGUUCGGCCUUUCUAUUAGCUGCAACUUCAGUGUUGGUAAAUUAUUAUGCUUCUUUGCACAUUGACUUCUAUGGUGCCUACAACACAUCAGCUUUUGGAAUUGAGCUGCUUCCUCGCAAAGGGCCCUCACUAUGGAUGGCACUCAUCGUUCUCCAGCUGACCUUGGGCAUUGGAUAUAUUACACUACUGCAGAUCCAUUCCAUCUAUUCACAAUUAAUUAUUUUGGAUCUCUUAGUUCCUGUAAUAGGCCUGAUCACAGAGCUGCCAUUACACAUCCGAGAGACUUUAGUUUUUACUUCUUCCUUGAUUCUCACGUUAAACACAGUGCUUGUCUUGGUAGUGAAACUUAAGUGGUUUUAUUAUUCUACACGAUAUGUUUAUCUUUUAGUGAGGCACAUGUAUCGAAUUUAUGGAUUACAGUUAUUAAUGGAGGACACAUGGAAGAGGAUUCGUUUUCCAGAUAUACUGAGAGUCUUCUGGCUAACAAGAAUUACAGCUCAGGCUACGGUGUUGAUGUACAUCUUAAGGAUGGCAAAUGAAACUGAUUCCUUCUUUAUUUCUUGGGAUGAUUUCUGGGACCUCAUUUGCAAUCUUAUAAUUAGUGGAUGUGAUUCUACACUAACUGUGCUAGGCAUGAGUGCUGUAAUUUCCUCAAUAGCCCAUUAUUUGGGCCUUGGAAUAUUGGCUUUUAUUGGAUCCACUGAAGAGGAUGACAGGCGACUUGGCUUCGUAGCACCUGUUUUAUUUUUUAUUUUGGCUCUUCAGACUGGUUUAAGUGGGCUAAGACCAGAAGAGAGACUUAUUCGCUUAAGUAGAAACAUGUGCCUUUUAUUAACUGCAGUCCUGCAUUUCAUCCAUGGGAUGACAGACCCUGUAUUAAUGUCUCUCAGUGCCUCUCAUGUGUCAUCUUUUCGUAGACAUUUUCCUGUGCUCUUUGUCUCAGCUUGCCUGUUUAUUCUUCCCGUUUUACUCAGUUACGUGCUUUGGCAUCACUAUGCGCUAAAUACGUGGUUGUUUGCAGUUACAGCCUUUUGUGUGGAACUCUGCUUAAAAGUAAUUGUUUCUCUCACUGUUUAUACAUUAUUCAUGAUUGACGGCUACUAUAAUGUCCUUUGGGAAAAGCUUGAUGAUUAUGUCUACUAUGUUCGUUCAACAGGCAAUAUUAUUGAAUUUAUAUUUGGAGUAGUAAUGUUUGGAAAUGGGGCUUACACUAUGAUGUUUGAGUCAGGAAGUAAAAUUCGGGCUUGUAUGAUGUGUCUACAUGCAUAUUUUAACAUCUACUUACAAGCAAAAAACGGCUGGAAGACAUUCAUGAAUCGUAGGACUGCUGUUAAGAAAAUUAAUUCACUUCCUGAAAUAAAAGGGAGCCGCUUACAAGAGAUAGAUGACGUAUGUGCAAUCUGCUAUCAUGAGUUUACGACAUCUGCUCGCAUCACGCCAUGUAAUCAUUAUUUCCAUGCACUUUGCCUUCGGAAAUGGCUGUACAUUCAAGAUACUUGUCCAAUGUGCCAUCAAAAAGUGUACAUCGAAGAUGACAUUAAGGAUAACUCAAAUGUAUCUAACAACAAUGGAUUUAUUGCACCGAAUGAAAAUCCAGAGGAAGCUAUAAGGGAAGCUGCUGCUGAAUCUGACAGGGAAUUGAACGAAGAGGACAGUACAGAUUGUGAUGAUGAUGUUCAAAGAGAAAGAAAUGGAGUGAUUCAGCAACACACAGGCCCUGCGGCUGACGAGUUUAUUAAUGAUGAUACUGACUGAUUAAAAUAGCAUUUGCUAAUCAUUGAGGUAUUUGUUUAAAAUUCAGUUCAUCCAAAAUGGAGUAAUAUGCUUCACUUCAGUGUGUAACCAAGCACAAAAACAGUAUCCAUGUUGAAUCUGUGAAUGGUUUUCCGUUUACUGUGAUGUGCUACUGUAAAUAUACCUCUUUAAUUAC